UAACAGAGAGUUUAUUUUAGAGUUUCAUUUGUAAUCAUGCAAUAGCGUGAAAAUGGUUCAUUCUAUGAUCUAUGCUCUCAGAGGCUGGAUAGCUUUUGUUGCAUUUAUCAGCAUGGCAACUGCCAUUAGAUGCUAUUUGGAUACAGAAAACUAUUUAGGCAAUCAACUUUUUGCUGGAAGUCAAAAACACAUGCCAGUGACUCCUGGCCUAGGAAGAAUAUUUGGGACCUUCCAUGUCCUGCAGGCUGUCAUUCUUAUUCACAGUGCCUUCAGGAUAGAAUACUAUCCAUUGAUUAGUGCAGCAAUAUGCACUUUGAUGAUAACUAUCAUCUAUUUUGGACUGGAGACUUUUUAUUACAAGACAGCUUACUGUGGAUUCACCACCCUUUUUCCUAUUAUUAUUUCAGUGGUGACAAUUGUGUGGAUCGCCUUUGCUCCGCGCUACCUCAAGGUAAAGGAAAUCGACGAGGAAGAGCUCAUGAAGGCCAUGAUGCCCCGCAAAAAGAAGUGGAACAAGAAGCGGGACUGAAUGUGCCGCGUGGGUCUACAGCUGUGUGUUUGGUAGGCGUGGGGACGCGUCAUCGGGACUUGUCGUCUCUCACCGAACGAUUUUGUGCUCACGUGGAAUGCUCACUUCUAGUCAUAGGUUUACAGGGUGCCAUCUUAGAUCACAACGUCUAAUCGGUUUUUAGAUGCCUCGUUUGGCGCGAGAUCUGACUUGUGUCCUAUGCAUAUUGCUCGCUGGUCAGGGCAUUUGACCGUCGUUGUUCAGUUGUGACUCUCUUUAUGGAUGUCAGGAUUCACACCGUAAUCUGGGUGUCAAGAUGCAUUGUGUGGAAGCUCGGCAAUCGACACAUAUUUUAGUGAUCAUAUUCAAGGUGCGGCCUUUUUAAAGUCAUCUGUUCUGGUGAAGUCACAUAUUCUGUUCAUUUCGACUAGAUAAUCGAUAAUUUAUUUGCUGAUCGUGACAGUUCAUUCACUCCUGAUGCCAUCAUCAGUCUGAAACCUUACAACAGCUGCCACUUACAGUAAGCCCGGUCAGCUGUCUCGCUGAUCACUCACCGAUCUUGUUGAUCACGGUAAGCGUAGUGUCUGAGGCACCUCGACCGUUGUAGGUUGAAUGUCCUGUCCCGGUGCGAUCCAACCCCGCGUAUGGGCCUAUGGAUGCUGCAGCGACCCCGUCUCUAGGGUGCCUUGCCGAGUGGGCCGGACUCAGCCGGUCUCUUCUCGCCCGAAGUAUCACUUCGUCGCCCUCUCCAACUCGGAACGGGCCAACUGUUUUGGGACUGGUGAGAGAAGGGCGGUCGUUGUAUGGUGUGGAGUUUUGUGCUUUAGUAUUGAAUAUCGAUCAAAGUUAACUGGUCAUUAGCAAUGUUUGAAGUGCUGUGCUGUACUGUGCUGGUUUAGUUUUGAUAGCAUGAGACUAGUAGCAAACGCUUGCUUUACGCGUAUCUAUAUUGCACGAAUUGAAUAUGCUGACGACAAAAGUAGGUGCACAAGCACUGAGCAAUACUGCCGAAGAAUUGAGUGGGUGUGCGGUUAUUUAUGUGUGAAAUGCACGAUAGUCAAGUGACGGUUGAUAAAUACAUGACUGACACUUUUAUCACCUUGUCA